AUGUCUAUCCCAGAACCAACAACCUCAAACAUGAUCAAUGGCACCGCCACAACUACCACCGCCAUUAGUAGCACAAAUAUCAGUCAAAUCCCAGGAAACAACCGGAACAGCCUCGACCGAUUCGCACGAGCACCAGCUUCCGAAGGGCCAUAUUUUGCGAGCGCCCGGAUGGGGGAGAGAUCAGCACAUCUCAGCAGGCUAUCAAGCCAACUCAAUGCCAUGGAUGCAGUCUUGAAUAUCGGAAGAUGA